CAACCUGAACAGAGCCGCUUGUUUCAGACAGAACAGAGAUUAAACAUGAUAUGGUUUACAGCGGGCUCACUUGGCCUGUUCUGGGCAGUCUUUAGGGCUGUAGCCACAGCUCAGCUGGGUAAUGAGAAAAUGCUUUCAGGAGGUGUUCACAGCAGGAUGCAACCUCAGAGACGAUACCAGCUGGAAGCUUCACAGCCUCAAGCCUUCCAUCAAGAGAAACAGAUUUUCAGCGAGCCUUUGACCUGGAGGUACCCUAACCCACCGGCCGAGGAGGAGCCUCACUUUCCUCCAAACUUUGAGCUCAGGGUUCCCACACCUGCGGAGAGUGUGAGCGUCUUGUGUGGGGAGAACACCGUUCGCGUGGAGGCCAAGAAAGACCUGAUGGGGAUCGGCAAACCUGUCCUGGCCUCAGAUGUGACUCUGGGAGGGUGCGCUGCCACGGGGGAAGAUUCUGAAGCCCAAGUCCUGAUCUUUGAAUCAGAGCUGCAUGGCUGUGGCAGCCGGCUGCAGAUGUUUGAGGACACUUUCAUCUACAGUUUCACGCUGUUCUAUACUCCCAGCCCUUUGGGUUCAAUCGUUCGGGGCCGAGAUCUGUCCAUCAACAUCCAGUGUCACUACCAGAGGAAACAUGACGUGAGCAGUGGGGCGCUGAAGCCAGACUGGUCUUCAUACAUUGACAGUAAGGAGUCCGAGGACAGUCUGUCUCUGUCCCUGCAGCUGAUGUCUGAUGACUGGCAGUUCCCUCGCCCAGUUCACGAGUUCCUGCUGGGAGACAUGAUGAAGUUUGAGGCGUCGGUCAAACAGCUGCACCACACUCCCCUCAGAGUGAACGUGGAGAGCUGCGUGGCGACGGUGGUUCCAAAUCCAGACGCUACUCCACGCUACGGUUUCCUGUUUAACAGCGGGUGUCUCCUCGACAGCAAGCUGACUGGCUCCAGCUCGCGCUUUCUCCCUCGGACUCACGAUGACAAACUGCAGUUUGAGGUGGAGGCUUUCAGGUUUGAGCACGAUGAAGGUGGCAUGCUUUACAUCACCUGCAGCCUUCGGGCUGUAGCUGCUACUGCUCCCAUUAGUGCCACAGACAAGGCCUGCUCAUUCUCCAACGGGUGGAGGGAAGCUAGCGGUAACCACCGUGCAUGCUCCUGCUGCGACUCAGACUGUGGGAAUGUGGAUGGCAUCCUUGGAAAAACCAGUACUCAUUUAAGACAGAAUGCACUUAUUGGACCAAUUGUGGUAAAAGAGAGCUCUCAGAUGAAGAACCUUUAGCCAAUAAAUCUUAUCUAAUGUAUAAACCUUG